CGUAUGCAAGAAGGCACCGCAGAAGACGAGUUGUCGUCUAGCAGUAUGCAAAUGGCUACCGGCGAAAACGAAGGACGGGCCUUACCGGCUUUUACAUCACCAGGAAAAAUCGGUUUGAUAGAAGAAAUUCCUGAAGGUCCAGAAAUCGCUUCAGGAUAUGAAUCUGACGAUGCGGAGACGAUGAAAAAAGAACUAGCGCUAUUAGAGCAAGAAGAGAGUAGACUGCGAAAGUUGAACGAGAAGGCAGUGCUACGCCAGAAACUGGAGGAGAAACGAGCGGAAGUGAAGAAAUUACAAGAUGUUGUUCGAAGAGUCGUUAUAUUAGGAGAUUCAAUUGUAAAGUUUUUACCACCGAUCGAGGGAGUUACUGUGCAGUCCUUUCCAGGAGCUACAGUUGAUUUCACAGUCUCAAGUCAUUGUUAUUAAGGUAAAGAAGAACUGUUUCUUAAGUUAUUGUUUUGCUUUUGCUUUGUUUUAUUGGCUGUUAUUUGGCGGGUGUUAAUGGAAUUUGGACAGUUUAGUUAAACACUUGAACUUUACCUUACAAAUGGAUUUCAUUUCCAUAAGUUGAACUUGUGAUUAUUACUAAGUAAGCAGUUGUAGCUUAUUUAUAAUCUGUCUUUGUUUAUUGAAUCAUUUGAUCAAAUAUAUUUUGAAUUGUGACACAUCUUAAGAUCAUUAAAUUUAUUAAUAUCUUUGGUAUUGUUGUUUCUGAGUAGUAGUUUUAAGCCAGGAGUUAAUUGGACUAUUUUAAUAGUAUAUUAAAAUAUUUAAUUAAUGACGACAGCGCCUUGUAUUUAGUUCGUCCAUACCUUCUAAUUUAUUUCUUUCAUCGAGGUUCAUUGGUCAAGCUUCAUGUAUAAUACGGUCAAUUUCAUUGGUCAUCAUUACGUAUUUAAGAGGCCCGCCGGGGUUUUCGCGCCAAUUAGUAGUUUCUUUGUCAGAAGUGUCACAAGCAGAAAAGUUUUACCCACCCACCCGCCCAAUAAUAGUUGUCAAUAACAGCUUUAUUUGUUUUACCAAAAAUGUGCUUUGCUUAUGUAUUGUUUCAUAUGAAAUAUGCUUUGCUUAUAUUUGUUUCAGUUAUUUGCAUUUUGAAUUUUGUUAUGUACAUUUCUAUAGUCAUGCUGAAUUCAAGUA